AUGGGCUCUGCAGACGGUUUGAGGAAAAUUGCUGCGCUGAUUGGAAUAUUUGCAGUUUUGAAGGUGCAAGCUGUUCCACUUACCGGUGACAAUGCAGAUGCUGGUGAACUGAGGGACGACAUACUUGACAUCAAUAGAGGGUUAAACCACCUGUUUGAGGGAGACAUUGCAGUUGAUCCCAACAGGAAUGCAAUCAUCGAUCAAACAAGAAGGUGGAAGUUUCCCAUCCCCUAUAUCCUUACGGAUUCUUUAGAUCUGAAUGCUAAAGGUGUGAUCCUCCAGGCUUUUGAGGAGUACCGUCUGAGGUCCUGUGUGGACUUCAAGCCCUAUGAGGGAGAGAGCAGCUAUGUCUCCUUCACCAAGCUGGAUGGAUGCUGGUCGUUUGUUGGGGAUGAUAGAGUAGGCCAGAAUGUGUCCAUUGGGGCGAGGUGCGACACUAAGGCCAUCGUGCAGCACGAGCUCCUCCAUGCUCUCGGCUUUUACCAUGAGCAGUCUCGCUCAGAUAGAGAUGACUAUGUCAAAAUCUGGUGGGACGAAAUUGAAGAAGGGAUGCAGCACAAUUUCAACAAGUAUGAGGAUGACUUCAUCACGGAUUUGAACACACCAUAUGAUUAUGAGUCCAUUAUGCACUACAGACCUCUGUCAUUCAACAAGAACGAAAGUAUCCCCACAAUCACCACCAGCAUACCAUAUUUUAAUGAGAUCAUCGGCCAGCGGCUGGACUUCAGUGCAGUAGACAUCACCAGAGUCAACCGCAUGUACGACUGUGCCAACACUCACACUCUCUUGGACCAGUGCUCCUUUGAGCUGAUCAACAUUUGUGGAAUGAUCCAGAACGAAGCAGACAACGCAGACUGGGUCCAGACGCUGAGCAAUCCAGCAGAUCCAGACCACACCCUGACAGGGCGCUGUAGAGAUUCCGGCUACUUCAUGAAGUUUGACACAUCUUCCGGCGCAAUUGGAAACAGUGCCAUGCUAGAGUCACGUAUCCUCUACCCAAAGAGAGACGAGCAGUGCCUGCAGUUCUUCUACAAGAUGAGUGGAGUAGCCGGGGACAAACUGGUGAUAUGGAUAAGGACUGAUGACGGGACAGGGACCGUACAAAAGGACAGGAGGAUCCACAGCAUUACAGGUGAUGGAGAUGCUGCCUGGAAAAUAGCCCACGUGAAUCUGAAGGUGACAGAGAAGUUCCGUUAUUUCUUCCAGGGCAUUAGAGGAUCACCCGUCUCCUCGGGGGCCAUCUUGAUCGAUGACAUCACUCUUACUGAGUCCAUUUGCCCCAGUGCUGUCUGGCAGAUCCAUAAGUUCUCCAACAUUCUUGCCACCACCCCUCUUGGCACCCCGGUGAAAAGCAAUUGCUUCUACAACUCGGAGGGCUACUCAUUCGGCAUCAAUGUUUACCCCGGUGGAAAAGACAGUGCCUACCCAGACUAUGUUGGCAUGACCUUCUUCCUGUGCAGCGGGGAAAAUGAUGCAGUGAUGGAAUGGCCAGCCAAAAACAGACAGGUGACCAUCGUUGCUAUGGACCAGGACCCUGAUGUAAGACUGAGGAUGUCUUCUACAAGAAGCUUCACCACAGAUACUGAUCCCCGCUGGAACAAACCAACAGCUACUUCAGGUCAAGAAUUUGUCUGGAGCACGUUUAUUUCCAUCCAGCAUCUGCAGAGGAGGAGCUUCCUCAAAAACGAUGACCUCAUCAUUACGGCUGACUUCAACGAUUUGACCCACCUGAUCAAGACUGAGGUGCCUGUCAAACCGGCCGCACCAAGUAACGGAAUUCCAGAGGAGAAGCCAGUCAGCGAGCUGAAAAUGAGACCGGAGACCCCGAAACACAGAGAAGCACGCGCUGCCAACCCGUGUGGCCCCAACCACUGCAUAAACGGAGGCGUGUGUGUGGAGAGUAAAGGGGAAGCCUCAUGCAGGUGUGCAUCUAGCCAGACCACCUACUACACUGGUAAGAGGUGUGAGAAAACAAACAUAGACAGAGGCAUUCUGGGCGCUCUGAUUGGUGGCGCAGCAGGGACCGUUGUGUUGACACUGGCCAUCUUCACCGUCAUCAGGAGAGCUCAGUGACACAUCUUCCAGGGGGGUAAUAUAUCCUCUGCAUUCACCCAGCAGUGAAAUCACAGCAAGCUGGUGACAAGGCUGAAGUGAGAAGUGUUCGUAGAAUCUGAUAAGCUAAUUAUUAACUUCCUGAAUCAUAUUUUGCGUACGCUUCAAAAUUAAUUUUUGUAUUUCUUAGAAUGAGCCUUGAAAUCUCCCGAACUUAUCCAUUAACUUUGUUUGGUAUGAUAAAAAUAAUCACAUGCAGUCCGCUUGUCCGCAAAUUACAUUUGUCAUGGAAAAUGCAAAGCUUGGAAUUAAACUUC